AUGGCACCAGAAGAGCGCCCAAAGCCGAGGUUCCGCAAGGUUCAGAGCUUCGAAACCGAGUACGCGCCGUGCACCAUCAGCCAGUAUGUCUCUGAGCGCAGCGGCAUGCAGGUCAUCGUGGCCGAUCGCCAGGGUCCCAAGGUCAACGGCUACUUCACACUCGCGACCGAGAUUCUCGACGACUCGGGUGCCCCUCACACGCUGGAGCACCUCGUCUUCAUGGGCUCCAAGAAUUACCGCUACAAGGGCCUCCUCGACAAGAUUUCCUCGAGGGCCUACUCUGGCACCAACGCCUGGACUGCCACUGACCACACGGCCUACACGCUCGAGAGUGCUGGAUGGGAGGGCUUCGCGCAGAUCCUGCCCGUGUACCUCGAGCACGUCAUUGUGCCCGUCAUCACGGAUGAGGCCUGCACCACCGAGGUUCACCACAUCGACGGCGAGGGUAAUGAUGCGGGUGUCGUCUACUCUGAGAUGCAGGCCAUUCAGUACAAGAGCGCAGAGAUUGUCGAUCUCGCUGCCAAGCGUCAGCUGUACCCCGAGAAUGUCGGUUUCCGAUACGAGACCGGCGGUAUGACGGACGCUCUACGCAACUUGACCACCGACCGGAUUAGAGAGUUUCAUCGGGAGAUGUACCAGCCCCGCAAUCUGGCUGUCAUCAUUGUGGGCGAGACCGAUCACGACAACCUUCUGCAGAUUCUCGAUGACUUUGAAGAGAGCAUCAAGGAUGACCUUCCUCCCCUCGAUGCUCCUUUUAAGAGGCCCUGGAUCGACUCUGAGCAGCCUCCCGCGCUCACCGAGACCAAGGUGUCCACUGCCGAGUUCCCGGAGGCCGACGAGUCGGUUGGCGAGGUGGUGGUUGGCUGGUUCGGGCCUAACUGCAUCGACCCCUUGGCCACUUCUGCGCUGAACGUUCUGCAAACCUACCUUUGUGGCUCGUCGGUCUCUAUCCUCGAGAACGUCAUGGUCGAAAGGGAAGAACUCGCCAGCUCUGUUGCUUGCUACUGGGAGUCAAGGCCCAAGUCUGUCAUCUGGUUCCAGCCUACGAGUGUCGCCACGGAGAAGCUCGAAUUCGUCUACAAGAGGCUGAUUGAACUCCUCAAGGAGGUGGCCUCCAAGCCCCUCGACAUGGAGUACAUGAAGUCGUGUGUCCAGCGCGAGCGCCGACAGGUCAAAUUCCAGGCCGAGUCCUCCGAGAGCUUCUUCUCGAGCAACAUCAUCACCGACUAUCUCUUCGGCAAGCGUGACGGCUCGACGCUGCUCGACAUGAAGAGCCUGGACGAGUACGACAACCUCGAGAAGUGGACUGACGAACAGUGGAGGGAUUUCCUGAGGAAGUGGAUCUCGGAUGCUCACCACAUUGCUAUCCUCGCCAAACCGUCCAUGGCUCUGGCUGAGAAGUACAAGACUGAAGAGGAGGAAAGACUCGCGAAGAGAAAGGCGAAGCUUGUCCUGAGGAUCUCUAGCGAGGGUGGGAUGUCGAUCGAUGGGCAGCCGGUUCCAUGGACUGGGCGGUUUCGGAAAUGUUGGAGGAGUCGGGGACAAGGGAACAGGAAGGUCAUCGAUGCCGCGACUGACGGCAAGGACCCUCUCUUCAUCCAGUUUGAAAGCGUGCCCUCCAACUUUGUGCACAUCAGUCUCUACUUGGGCACCGCACGGGUUCCCACCGAAGUGAAGCCUCUGCUGCCCAUCUUUGCCGACAAUUUCUUUAACACGCCCAUCGAGCGCGACGGCAAGCAGGUUGACUUUGAGCAGAUCGUCAUGGAACUCGAGGAGGAAACCAUCAGCUACGGCAUCCGGUCUGCGAAGGACAUGGGUGACCCCGACAGCAUCACCAUUCAGUUCCAGAUUGAGCCCGAAAAAUACGCCAGUAUCAUCAGCUGGAUCCGUACCAUGAUGUUCGACAGCGUCUUUGACGUGCAGAGGCUCAAGGCUGGCGUGCAGAAGCAGCUGGCUGACAUCCCCGAGCUCAAGCGUGACGGCCGCUCCAUGUCCACUGAGAUCAACAUGGCCUAUCAUCUGAAGAAGGAGUCCUAUGCCGUCUCGAAGCGAGCCUUGGUUCGCGCCGUCUACUUGCGCCGCGUCAAGAAGCUCCUCGAGAGCGAUCCCGAAUUGGUUGUCUCCUGGUUCGAGAAGAUCCGCAAGUCUCUCUUCCAAUUUAACAACACACGCAUCCUCGUUACCGCAGAUGUGAAUAAGCUCGAGAACCCGGUCGCUGCGUGGGACGUCUUGAGCAGCGCUCUGCAACCUGCAGGCGAGCUUCUUCCGGUUCUCAAGGCGCACAGCCAUCUCACCGAAGAGGGAGAGAACCCAGGUUCCGUCGGCGCCGUCAUCGUCCCCAUGACGACAGUUGAUGGUUCGUACAGCGUAAGCACCUCCAAGGGCAUCAUCUCCUUUGAAGACCCGCGCCUCCCCGCCAUCCUCGUCGCCAUCGGCUACCUCGAGGCGGUCGAGGGCCCGCUCUGGUGCGCAGUCCGCGGCCAGGGCAUGGCCUACGGCGUCUUCUUCAACCGCGACGUCGACAGCGGCAUGAUCCAGUUCCGCGUCUACCGCUCUCCCGACGUCUCCAAGGCCAUCGCGCCGCCCGUGAGACAGUCCGCAAGAUCGCCGAGGGCGAGGAGCCCCAUUGAUCGCCACCUCAAGGAGGGCGCCAUCAGCCAGAUUGUCGUGCACUUUGCCGACGAGCAGUCGACCAUGGCCUCUGCGGCGAGCCAGAACUUUGUGCUCGGUGUCGUGCGCGGCGUGCCUCUGGACUGGCACAAGAAGAUCAUGAAGAGUGUGCGGGAUGUCACCGAUGAGCAGAUCAAGGACGUCUUGAACGACCUCAUCAUGCCCGUGUUUGCGCCGGGGAAGAGCAACGUCAUCGUCACGUGCGCACCGAUUCUGGAGGAGAAUAUCGAGAAGGCUCUCAAGGAGACGGGCUACAAGACACAGGUGCAGCAGCUGGCAUACUUCCACGACGACUAUGGUCUGAAGCCUCAGGAUGGGGAAGAGGAAGAGGAAGAGUCGGAAGAGGAGGAUGAUGAGGAGGGCGACUACACGGAUGACAGUGAUGAUGAGUCGGACUGA